CCGUCCAAACAAAUUCCUUAUAUUUAUAUAUUAAUAUUUAUGCCAUUUCUAUGUCGAUAUAUUUUUCGAGACGCACGUUCAUUUAAUUGGAAAAAAAGCGUUUGGAAGAUCAGAAAAUCACACACGAACGUUAUACGUUUCAUGUAAAUAUUAUAUAUUAAUCAUACUCUAUUCUAUACGCCAUGUUUCAUCAUAAUUGUUACUUAUUGCAAUAAAGUUAAUUUUUUCCAUAAUUUUUUAUGUAGUUUUCAUGCGUUGCAACGCAUUUACAACAAACUUGUUUGAGAACAAUUCAUUCGAUAUACAUACUUGACUUGUCUAAAAGGAAAAACGGUACAUAAAAUUACGGGACUACUCGACUCUUGUACGAAUUGAGCGUUAACUGUCAAGAUAUUUCCUUAUCUCUCAGAAUAAUGUGCUCUCAAGUUUUAUAAAAAAAGACAACAAUAUCAUUAUCACUACGAUCCGUACAGGAUAGGUCGAAGGUCAAUGAUCCCGGAUUCAUAAAAAUCGAACAAUACGAGAAGGGAACCACCAACUAUAAAACGACCUUGUUAUAUCGUUGUAUCUGAGAAAUGAGAAACUCUCCCCAAUGCUCUUGUGCCACUCACGAGUCAUUCUCGUUUCUUACGCGUUGAUCCGCGUUUCACUGAUCUACUACGCUCAUAGUUUCGUCGUCCAAGUAGGAAAAAAAAGUUUUCAUAUCAUAAUUUUUUUUGUUUUUAGUAGUCCGAAAAAACAUUUUCUCCUCUGACGUAAUAAUAAUAAUAAUAAUAAUAAAAUAUUUUUACGAUUACGAAAGAGCGGAAAAUUGCCUUCGCUCGAACGAUCUCCCCCAAAGUCCGGGCUCAGAGAUAAUCGUUGUGACUGAUACGAGAAAGUAGUGAUUUUAAGCCUUCUCAACGAGACUCGUGUUUCAGCACUCGAACGUUUCUCCUUCAUGGCAUAUCGUCUAUUUCGUGAGUCAGUGGCGAGUGUAUAAAAUCUAAAGGAAUCUGCUUCGUUUUCUUUUUACUCUCUCUAUCUGCAAUAAGGAUCGCUCUUCUAGUAGAGAUUUUUUUGAUCCUUUUCAUUUUCACAUCGCGAGAUCAGUGUGCGGAUUCCUUUUCAAAUAUAAGCAAAAAAUUGAAAUAAUUAAGAAUGCGUGUGGCCGUGAUCGGGGCGGGUGCAGCAGGACUCGCGGCUCUUAGACAUUCUACCGACACCACUUCCGGUCAGGAUAACGAAGCCAUUAAAGUUACCGAAGUUGUAUGUUUCGAAAAAACUGACAAAAUCGGUGGUACCUGGGUUUACGAGAAAAAUACUGGCUCCGAUGCAUACGGUUUACCCAUACAUUCGAGUAUGUACGACAGCUUGAGAACCAAUUUGCCCAAGGAAAUAAUGGGUUAUCCUGAUUUUCCUAUAUCAAUCGAUGAGCCAAAAAGUUAUUUGACGCGGAUAGAAAUUCUCGAUUUUUUGAACCGAUAUUGCGAUCAUUUUCAACUGCGACAACACAUUCGCUUCCACCAUAACGUCGAAACGGUGGAGCCACUCGAAGGCUCUUCCGGAGUCACCGGGAGCAACCUUCGAGCUCCAAAGUGGUCGGUCAAGGUCAGAGACUUGACGAAUAAGGAAAUAUUGAAGAACGAGAUAUUCGAUGCAGUUAUGGUUUGCAAUGGUCAUUAUUUCGAGCCGAGUUUGCCGUCGAUACAGGGUCAUGACGUUUUCAAAGGUCAACAACUCCACAGUCAUGAUUAUCGGCUUCCCGAUGCGUUUCAAGGAAAAACAGUAGCCGUUCUUGGUGCCGGCCCCUCGGGUAUGGAUUUGGCUCUGGAAAUAUCAAAGAAAGCAAAACACGUGAUACUCAGUCACCACAACAAAGACCCAAUCCACACAGUAUUUCCAGCUAAUGUCGUUCAAAAACCGGAUAUCAAAGAGUUGACCGAAAACGGUGUCGUUUAUAAGGACGGGAGUAGCGAAUCGGUGGACAUAAUAUUUUAUUGCACAGGCUAUAAAUAUAGCUUUCCUUUUCUGGCUGAAAGUUGCAAUGUCAAGGUUGACGAUAAUAUGGUAAGACCGCUAUGGAAACAUCUCGUUUCCAUAGAAAAUGUGACUCUAGCUUUGGUGGGUUUGCCAUUUUACGUUUGUGCUUUCAGCAUGUUUGAUCUGCAGGUACGUUUUCUUCUUCGAUUCUGGCGAGGAGAAAAAAAAUUUCCUUCGAAGGAGUCAAUGCUGGCUGAGGAGAGCGCCGAGUUGGCUGAAAAGAUAAAGGAAGGAGUUGAUAAACGUCAUUUUCACAUGAUGGGACCAAAUCAGGCUCGUUAUUACGACGAUCUUGCUAACGUGGCUGGAAUAAUUCCAUUGCCACCUGUACUUACGAAAUUACACAACGAGAGCAGUCAAAGAUUUCUCGACGAUCUUGUUCAUUAUCGAGAAGAUCGGUAUCAAAUUUUAGACGAUCUUAAUUUCAUUCAGCUGUAAAUUUUCAAGAGAAAAAUAUUAACGGAAUACGAAUCGGAUUUACUUUUGAAAUAAUCGAGUUAUCGCUCUAUUCAAGAUAGAUAAAAUACAAUAUUUUUCUCUAUGACGAUGCCAAUUUUUUUUUUUUUUGACAAUCAUAUAGUACAAUAAAGCGAGUGGUAUAGAUUAUUAUUUA